AAUGAAACUACAAUUGUGUUGAAGUUACAAGGUUUAAAUUUGAAUUAAUUUUAGUUAAAACUAUUUCUUCUGGUAAAUUAUGUGUGCCGUAUUACGAUCAGAAACAAAAUGGAAAUUCACAAACAUUGAUAUUUUCGUUUGGAGCACGAUAGCGUUGCCUUAAAAAUGGCGCAAGAAGCACAAGCACGUGUUCAGAAAGCUGUAAAUUCCAUGGUUGAGGAAUUAGAUAAAUCAUGUCUUAGGAAAAUGCAAGGCGAUAUGCAUCGAUGUGCGGCAUCAUGCUGUGAUAAGACAGGUAUGAAUAUAGAUGAGGUACAUAGAUGUAUAGAAACUUGCUCAGAAAAAAUGAACAAGGCACAAAACUAUGUUCAGAAUGAACUGUCAAACUAUCAAGAUAGGAUUCAGCGGUGUGUGAUGCAGUGUCAAGAUGCUAUCAGAGAUAAUGUUACUCCUGAAACAACAGAAGCCGAAGUGCAGAAAUAUCGGGAUCAAUUUGAGUCCUGUGUGGUCAAGUGUGCAGAAACCCAUGUAGACAUGGUUCCUGGCAUCUUAAAACGGAUGAAGAAUAUGUUAGAAAAAGGAAGUUCCUAACAAAACAUAUGCUCUUAGACAUUAUAUUAGUCCUGUAAAGGUAUGAUGACUUUUAUGAGGCAUAUUACAAUCUUCAUUUCAUCAUAUAGGGUGGUUCUUUGAUGAAGUGAUAUGUCUGUAGGUAAAUGUUUUGCGUAACAUGUUUAGAGAUACAGGUUUGGCAAAAUAUGAAUGACAAAUUACUUAUUGUUUUAGAAAGGAAAACACAUUUAUUAGUAAUCCAGUUGACAUGCCAAUAAAAUCUAUGUAGAAAACAAGUAAUACUACCAUGCAUUUAAUCAUAGACUAAUACCAAAAAUAAAUAAUAUUCUGUUUAAAUAUUUUCCUACUGAAUCUCAUUGAAGAUACAUUAUUGUUUGUAAUCAAAUAAAGUGCCACAUUAACACAUGCUACAAACUACAGAGAAGUAAUAUGCACUGCUGAUAAUAUCAGAAGAGGAAAGUGUUUUUAGCAUAUGAAAGGUUAAUUUCAAUACGAUAUUUUAUCUCCUCUCACAAAAUAGCUUUUUUCGACUAGCACUGUCCUAUAUUGGUACAAAUUUUCAAUGCAUUCCGCUAGCUUUCCACCUCCCACUUCUGCGUAUCCACAUGCAGCAGCUAUCCAACAAUAGGAGCAUGACACAACCCCUAUUGUAACCAGUGCCCUCUCCACAUUUGCACUCAUUAAUCACUUCUCAAUUGGCAGUAGUGCUGUACAGACGUGCUAGUUUUUGUUUGUGGAUUUGUUGAUGUUUUCAGUUAUACUAUUGACUUCAUUUUUCUUUAUUAUUUAUUUCAAUUUUUGCAUUUUGGUAUUAUACCAGGUUACUUUUUUUUUCUUCUCAAUUUUCAGGGGCCUAUUUCCUUUUGUAUUGUAGAUCCAUUUUUGUAGCAAGUGGUGCCUGACUUGGUAUACUUUUUAUUUUGAAAAUUUACACUGUUCAUCCUGUGACCAUGCUAGUUGUCGAUUACAUUGUAGGCCUUCCUACCAUGGACCUGAUGUACAAUUCCAGGUGCCUACAGGUAUUGGUUGUGUGGCUCCAUUUGUUUUUGUUAUCUGUAACUAAAUAAUUCCUUUGCAGUGUUGGGUUAUGCACACUGUUGAGAUGGGGUGUUGCAGAGGACUGCUAGUAGUUUUCUCUAGCAGUAUUUUGCCUCAUAAAUAUGUUUGUCCCAGACUGUACACUCAUAGACUAAUGUGAGUAAAGUAGACAGAGAUUGCUGAUGUACAAUUCUAGAUGCCACCUGGUUUUUGUUGUUGCACUGCGGCAUAUUUCUGUCUAUAUAUCUUAUUGAUUUUUUUCUAUGGCAUGAUACCUUUCCUACCAUGGAACUGAUGAUCAAUUCCAUAUGCUGCCAGGUUUGGUUGAAGCACUCCACCAUGUCAUAUAUAUAUAUAUAUAUAUCAUUGCAGUUUGCCCCUCAGGAUAAGAUGUUCCUCCUCCCUACCAUCUUCCGGAUGUACAUUCUUAGUGGUUCCAGUAUUGGUUGGAGAUGGUCCAGCUCAGUAAGUCCUCACAUUGGUGCCGACCGGUUUCCCUCUUCCUGCUGUCAGCUGGAUGCUGGUUCUCAGCAGAUCUGAUGUUCGUUGUAGCUGGACACAGCACAUUUUCCCGCUUGUGUACAGCUGGAUAUCCCCCUCCUACUGCAGACUGGAAGUACUAUACCCUUUGCCAUCAGGUUUUUUGACUGAAGAUGUGAUCUUGUAGGGGGGCUUUCCACCUUCCUGCUGUCUACUGGAUGUUGGUUCUCGGUGGAUCUUGUGUUGGUUGAGUUGGAAAUGCAUGCAAGUGGUGACGAAUUUGGGUAGGGAAGCUCGUCUUUCCUACAAAUUUUGGUUUUGAGGUGGGUGUUCCUCUUCCUACCUCAUAUCUGAUGUUUCCACCUGGUUUUGGUUCAGGUUGAACUACCACUACAGGCUAUUCUGCUCUGGCCACUCGAUACCCAGGAGUCCCAUUCAUUGGUCAUACAUAUUCUGUGAUUCCUUCAUGUUUCUGCUUUUUAUGUUCACGACAUUGUCUUAAAAGAGCAAAGUGCCUACCUGGAUCAGAUGCGAUGCGGUCUUCUGCUGAGGUGGGAUGUUUUCUCUUUUGAUUCCACACCUCCUGGUCUCUCUUUGAGUGCUUCCUAUAGGGGGAUCAUAUUUUUUAUUGGCCCUCCACCUGUUCAAUGUGGGAUUUUAGCUAUUUUGUGAGAGGAGGUAAGAUAUCAUAUUGAGAAUUAGCAUUUUCUACACUGAAAAUGUAUUCCCAAUAGAUACUUGCAUCUUCUCACACUUUCCACCCAGCCUCCCCACUUCUGAUGAUAUAUGGUGUAGGUCUUCUGACCAAUCUGGAAGUGAUUAAUGAGUGCAGAUGUGAAGAGGGCACUGGUUACUAUAGAAGUAGUGUCGUGCUCUUAUUGGUGGUGAUCGUUUGCAUGUGGAUAUGCAGAAGCAGGAAGUGGAAGGCUAGUGGCAUGCUUUGAAAAUUUGUACCAACAGAGGGCAAUGCUAGUUGAAAAAAGCUAUUUUGUGAGGGGAGGUAAGUAUCUAUCAGAAAUACAUUUUCAGUGUAGGAAAAUGCUAACUUUCAUUUUGACAAAAUGUUAUUUGCAAGUUUAUUUUUGUUUGACUUGUUUGUACACACUUACUAAUUAACAUAAAUUUCAAAGAACAAUAAUACAUAUAAUCAAAAUCAUGGGGUGUUCUUUGGCACAUAAAUAUUCAAAAAUUAACAUUUAGGCUUGAAAAUGGCUAAUGCUUAAUCCUCCACUUCUGGGUACCAUGUGUAGAAAUAAUAAUUUCCAAUGUUGAUGAAACAGUAAUGUGAACAAGUAACUCAGUGGUGCACAACAUAUGGCUAACUAACUGUUUUAAUCUGGCCCUUAAACAUUUUAAUAUUAUCAAUGUAAAAAACAGCAUGCUUUAAAAGAAAGAAAUAUUCUGUUACUUUGUUAAUGAAUUGUAGACUAUUGUUGGGAUUUAUUUCCUUAUAAAGUAUGUGUUAAAAUGACCCUGAGUGUUAAAUAAUCACAAUCGGCUAAAUUGCAAUGGGCUUUUUUUUUCAUUCGUUGGUUCUUUCCCAUUAUUCAUUAAAUAUAAAUACAACAUUCGGGCCACAUAUUUUUAAUAUAAAUCAUUUAUUUCUUCAGUAACAUUCUACUGGAUACUUUUUCCAAUAGACAUGAAUAAAAGUAAAAAAUUUAGGAAAAUAUGAAUAUUGAAUUCUUCAUCACCUGUUUCAGACCAUGCUACUUGGCUUUUUACUGAUCUGCCUCCUCCAAUAUAAAGUUUUGCAGCACUAGUAUAAGUAAAUGAUGUUUCUGUAGGGCAUGUUGAUUAAAAAUAAUUUUUUUUUAUAUGCAACACAUGUAAUUAGUUGAGUAUGGUAGUAAUAAAAAAAAAUCAUUUAUUAGAAUGGUUUAAAAUGUUUAUUGAAUGAUUUUAUUGUAAGUUGAAAUUCAUGUACUCCCACAAUUGUGCAUAUAAUUUUACUUGCUUUGUGUGGAUACUGUGAAAAUUGUAAGAUGAAACAACUACAUUGAGUUUUUCAAACUGCAAAACUAGCAUAAACACUAGUGCUAUGUGAAGGUAAUAAUAACACAUUUUCUAGUAGAACAUAAACAGUAUGGUAGUUUUGUAGCCAAAUUCAAAAAGGAAAAUUAAAGAUAAAACUACUGUAGCCCUUUCUGUUUAUAUAGUUUGUUCAUUAUGUGUAAAAUAUACAUGCUUAUUAUUCUCUAGAAUUAAAAAUAGUAAAUAUUUUGCUCUAUUCUGAACUUUAUGCACCUCUAGAACAGGUCUGCAAAAUUUUCAUUCAUCAAAUUUACCUACAUUUGAUUCUAGAGCUAUGUAAAGUUUUCCAAAAAAUGUAAAAAUUUUCAGUACCAACAAUCUUUGUCCAGCAAUAAGAAACAGUUAGUUCAAGUGUUCUUUUUCUAAAUGGGGUGAAUGUAAAGAGGAAAGUUCACUCUGCACACUUUUGCAAACUCAGUCAAAAAUUUAAAAUGUCUUUAUUUUGACAUUUUUUGACACAAAGAAAAAAACAUAUUCAAAAAACUAUUAACACCAAGUGCAGUAGUGAAUGCUGGACUGAGAGCUUGCAAUGUGAUCACCUAACAACCACAGCUAGCAGAUCCUUACUUUAUCUUUUGCAAAUUCUAGGAUGUAUAUACUAAUCCUACUGUUAGUGCCAUUAAGCAGUGAAUUCAUUUUGAAUCUGCUUAGCUGAGAAGCUAUCUAUGUCAUUGUAGUUGUCAAUAAAUAUUUAUCCUUGAAAGCAUACAACAAUAGCAGUGAAUAACAAAGAACAUCAAUUGGUAAAAAACCUCCUCUCUUUCAUCCAUUUACUUUUCUUCCCAGAAUUCAUUUUGCAUAGUUCAGAAGAGGAGUGCCAGUCUAUAUCACUACUGCUUCCAGCUGUUUUUUACACAUUGUCAUCCUUAAGGGUACCUCAGUUUCCAAUCCCAUGUAAUAUUUCCGAUCCGGUAUCUUACCUCCUCUCACAAAAUAGCUUUUCUUGAUUAGCACUGCUUGCAAUUGGCUCAAAUUUUCAAUACUCACCACUAACCUUCCACCCCCAGCUUCUGCAUAUCCACACGUAAAUAAUUAUGCAGCAGUUCUCCACCAAUAGGCAUGCGACAAAACCCCUAUUGUAACCAGUACUCUCUCCACAUUUGCACUCUUUAGUUACUUCUUGAUUGGCAGUAGUACUAUACAGACAUGCUUGUUUUUGGUUGCAAAUUUGUCGACGUUUUCCUAUGUGGUGAGUGGUGCCUGACCAGGUAAAUAUAUAUAUAUAUAUUUUUUUUUUUGAAAAUCCACACUGUCCAUCCUGUGACCAUGCUUGAUGUCAAUUAUGUUGUAGCAGACCUAAUAUACAAUUUCAAAUGCUACCAGGUGUUGGUUCUGUGUCUCUAUUCAAUUGUCAUCUAUGUGAAACAAUUAUGUUGCAGGAUUAGGUUACACACACCGUACAGAUGAUGUGUUCCAUUGGACUGCUAGUAGUUCUUUCUAGUGAUAUUUUGCUUCAUAAAUAUGUUCAUCUCAGACUGUACACUCAUGGGCACACAUGAGUAAAACAGACAGAGAUUGCUGCUCAUCUCUGAUGCUUUGUGGUGUUGAAACUUUUCCUAUCGUGGACCUGACUCCAAUUCCAGAUGCUGCUGGGUGUUGGUUGAUCAACUCCGUCAGUUUGAUAGCUCUGCUUUUCAAAAUAGGGUAUUGCGGUCACCCAUUGCACUUUUCCCUCCUAUUUUGUGGUGGAGUAUGGGAGUCCUUGCCACUUACCAGUUCCUGGCUGCUGAGGUGGUAGACCAUGGAGACCUGUUGGUAUUCUGCGGGUGUCACUGGUGUAUAGCAUUUCCUAGUGUGGACCUGAUGUACAUUUCCAGAUACUGCCAGGUUUUGGUUGUAGUACUAUGCCGUAUUAAUAUAUAUAUAUAUAUAUAUAUAUAUAUAUAUAUCUUUGUGACAGCUUGCUUUUUCCCACCAUGGCAUUCCUCCUGGUGGGUCUGGUGUUGGUUGGAGAUGGUCCAGCUAAGUAAGUCUUCACAUGUGUUCUAGCUGGUAUCCCUCCUUCUGCCGCGGACUGAUGAAAAAUGCCCACUGCCACCAGGUUUUGGACUGGAGAUACAACCCAGCUUUGCUGUCCCUCUUCAUACCCUUGGCUGGAUGUUGAUUCACUGCAGAUCUGGUGUUGGUUGUAGCUGGAUGCAGCACAUGUAUUCCCACUUGUGUACAGCCGGGUAUCCUCUUCCUACUAUGGUCUGGAAGAAAUAUACACAAUGCCACUAGGUUUUGGACCAGAGAUGUUAUCUCAUUGGUGCUUUCCUUCUUCCUAUCCUUGGCUGGAUGUUGAUUCCUGGCAGAUCUGGUGUUGGUUGUAGCUGAAUGCAGCACACGUAUUCCCACUUGUGUACAGCCUGGUAUCCUCUUCCAACUGUGGUCUGGAAGAACUAUACACAAUGCCAUUAGGUUUUGGACCAGAGAUGUUAUCUCACCGGUACUUUCCUCCUUCCUAUCAUCCCCCUAGAUGUUGGUUCAUGGUGGAUCAGGUGUAGGUUGGAUUUGAAAUGCAUGGAGAUGGAUUUUGGUAUGAAAGCUCGUCUUUCCUACCAAUUUCCCUUUCAAGGCGAAGAGGUAAGGUGAUCUUCUGCCUACCACGGAAAUGUUGAAUUACUACUACAGUCUGUCGUGCCACUUAGCCACUUGACACCUAGGGGUCCCAUUAAUCGCUAAUACGUAUUAUGGGAUUCCUUCAUGUUUUUCCACCUUUGUUUGGAUGUGGUGUGGUCUACCACUGAAGUGUAAUAUUUUCUUUUUUUUGGUUCCACACCUCAUGGUCUUUCUUUGGGUGCUUCCUAAAGCAUACUUUUUUCACCAGCCUUACACCAGUUCACUAUUGGAUUCUAGGUGUUUUGUGAGUAGAAGUAAGAUAUCAUACUGGAAGUUAACAUUUUCCUAAACUGAAAAUGUAUUUCUGAUAAUAUUUGCCUCUUUUCACAUUUCCCACCCAGCCACCCUACUUACAGUGAUAUGUGGUGUCGGUAUUCUGACCAAUCUUGAAGUGAUUAAAGAGGCGAAUGAGGAGAGGGUGGUUAUAAUAAGGGUUGUGUCACAUGCCUAUUGGUGGAGAGUUACUGCAUAGUAAUUUACAUGUGAAUUUGCAGAAGUGGGAGGUGGAAGGCUAGUGGCGAGCAUUGGAAAUUUGCACCAACAGAGGGCAGUACUAAUCAAGAAAAGCUAUGUGGAGAGGGUAGUUACAAUAGGGGUUGUGUCACAUGCCUAUUGGUGGUGAGUUGCUGCAUAAUAAUUUACAUGUGAAUAUGCAGAAGUUGGAGGUGGAAGACUAGUGGCGAGCAUUGAAAAUUUGCACCAACAGAGGGCAGUACCAAUCAAGAAAAACUAUUUUGUUAGAGGAGAGAAGUAUCUAUUGGAAAUACAUUUUCAGUUUAGAAAAAUGUUAACAUUUGAUAAUGUGUAAUAUCAGCAACAUCCUGAUCUGUGUGUCACUUUCCUGUAUGAAUGCUCCAUUUAAAGGUCUAGUUAAACAAUAAUGAUUACAAUGUUUCUUGAUUUGAUGUAACACACAACAAGAUAUGAAAUCCAUCUAAUUACGCUUGAGUGAAAAAAAGCCAAUACUCUGCUUAAAUUCAAAUGGUAGGUAAUAUUUCAUAAACAUAGCAAAAUAAAGCAAUGUAGCAUUAUUUGCAUUGCAUCAUUGUAUUUAUGUGCUGUAAAACUUCCGAAAUGAUACCUCACCUCUGCACAUGUUUAACAUCUUUCCUCUUGAGUUUUUGCAUUUUGCCAUAAAGAUUAGCAAGUCACCAGCCUGGUGAAAACUCCCACCUAAGCUCACAUGAAAACAUGUGAAUUUACAUCACAUCAUGUAGCAGAUCAUUUCACCAAUAGGAAUGGGAAACAUCUCCAAGCACAAAGACUCCCUCUACAUUCCUGCUCGUGAAUCCUCAUUCUUUUCCUCAGUACCGUAGUGCACUGACAUGUUUUCGAGUUUGCUGAGAUUUGUGAUUUUUUUCAAACUUUUUCAAAUUUCAAUUCUUACUUGAGUUUAUUAAACUGAAUUCAUAAAUUAAUGUGAAUAUUUCUAAGACUGAUGUGAGUGAAGAAUCUCCUGACAUUGAACAAAUUAAUGUCAUUUCUGAUGGGAGUUAUUUUUCUGUAGAAGACCAAUGAGGAUCUGGGCACAUUCUCUGAGUCUUUCCUCAUUGAUUGGAGCACAGUAGACCCUUGUCACUUACCAGCUCCUAACCAGUAGGGUAAUUGACCAUGAAGAAUCCUCACUGAUUGGGACCUAACCUCUGGGGUUAUAAUAAGAAGUGAGAAGUGGGGAUGGGGUGAUACUGAAGUGUAGUGUGGGUCCCCCAUAUAACUGCCUAUGAUACAUCACAAUCUUCAAGUAGACUGAUGGUACCUCUAUUACUAGUCCAUUCCACAUCAUACUGCCAAUAAAACACCCAUUCCCACAGUUGGCAUGCAGGCUAUAGACUGAUGUUCAAUGGUGAUGUAUAUAAUACAGGGCCCUCCCACAGCAGGCCCAUAGUGACUGUUGGUAAAUUAUAGGUUUAAAUAAGUAUCCAUGCAGACAUGAUUUGAUACAGUGCUCUUCUCCUACAGCAGGCAUGGGGCCCAUAGAAACUGACAGUAGAGGUGAGUACACAAGAUACGGUCCAAACAAGCCCCAACCUCACUACACAUAUUGGCUGUUUGACAGCUUGUGUGCAGGUUUUUAGAUGGCCAUGUACAUGUGCUGCCAAUCCUUGCAGCACCCUUAUUUCUUUUCUUUUUCUCUUUAUUCAUUGCCUUGCAAAGAAUGAGGAUUCAUGAUUGAGAAUAUAGAGGUAGUCAUUGCACGUGGAGUGGUCUUGUACUCCUAUUGGUGGAAGGUUCUGCUGCAUGAUAACUUCAUCAUGCAGUAGCACAAGUUCAGGUGUUUUUCAUGUGGGAUUAGGUGGAAAUUUUCACAAGGCUGGUGGCUUGCAAGUCUCUUUCAUCAAAUGCUUAAACUCAAAAGGAAAGAAACUACCUGUGUGGAGAGGUAAGUAUCUGUCAGAAAUAUGUUUUCAGGCAAGAUAAAUGUUAACAUUCAGUUUUGCUCCUAAUUAAUCUAGUUUUUAGUCCACCUUAUAAUGAACGAUCAAACAGAACAUGAACUCUGAUUAUCUUAAUCCAACUAAGAAUUAUUACUGAGUUACAUUGAACAAAAUGUGAUGUGGUUAAUUAGAAUAUAAGGUGAAUGUAAAUUCAGGUUUACAAUACACAAAUAAAAUUAUGCAAUUUGAGUAAUCCCAAGUUGUUUUAUUUUGCCUAGUUUAUGAGACAUCACCUACUCUUUGAGCUAAAGCAGAAUUUUUUGUUGUUUUUUUCGUUUAAAUAUUUUCAGAUAGAUUAAAUAAUCUGUUUAAUAAUAAUGUCUACUAAUGCAUCUAGCCCGAGACAUGCUGUAGUUGCUAUAAUUACUUGUAAAAGUGAAUUUUGUUUGUUAUGGAUAACUAAGGCCACCUAGAAUUUUUUUAAGUAGGUGUUAACAGGCUGAAAAUGUUCUUUGUACCGUGAAACAUAAGCAAAACAACUCUGAACUAGCUCUCAUUGUUUUAAUGUAUUACUUAUUUGCUUGCAAUUAAAGAUUCUAAUUUUUUGAAUACAGAUUUAAAAUAUUUUUAGGAUGGAUUAAUUCCACCAUUAAGUAACUUACACCAUUGAUGUAUGACUGAGAACAUUGAAAUCUUGGGUUAUUAUUAUUUUUUUCUUGGUUUAUUCUGUGUAUUGUUAGCCUUACCCAAUGGAAGGAGUAUUAUUUUCACUUCUGUAUGUAUGUAUGUAUGUGUGUGUGUUUAUUGCCAGUUUCAGUUGUAAAAGUUUUCAACACAUUUUGAACAAAAUUGUUACAAUAAUUAACUGUUCCUCAAAAAUAAAUUGAUUAAAUUUUGAUGAAUGUAGCUUAGAGGUCAUAGUCACACAGAAGAUCAACCAGUUUUUUUAUAUUGGUAGUAAAUUGGGAUUUUGAAAAACAGUCAAACUGGAUAACAAAUUGGGAUAGAACACAGGGAAUUGUUUGGUGUAUAUUUUAGGUUGGUUAUUGCAAAAGUUAAAGUUAUGGGACAGGGGUUGCAGUCUCUGAGUACCAUUCUAGUUGGAUUUUAUUUUUGAUCAGAUAGUGUGUGGAUUUUCUCAUUCAGCUUUGGAGAAUAAAGGACAGGGAAAAUAGACAAAAAGUUGAAAUUGCCUGCUGAAUGUUUCAGCUUCAUUGACAAGAUGUAUUUAUAUUUUAGUGAGACUCAAAUUAAUUGUUUUCAUUGUUUGGGGAUUCUUUGGUUGGACAUGUUAAACAGUUUUAUAUUUAUCAAACUGAAUCAGUAUUUAAGGAAAAGACUGAUGUAUUAAUAGACAGUAAAUGAAGGUUAAGUUAACUUAUAUAUGAUUGUACAAUUUUCAGAACCUUUGAUUUUUCUCUUGAAACUAGAGGCAGAUAUUUUUCUAUUUUCUCCAAGCAGUGUUUGCUGGGUAAUAUAUUCUAGAUGGUAAUAGUAUUAAAUAAAGAUGUAAUGCACAUAUGACCUCUUUUUUUUUCUUAUUUACUGCUUGUAUAAAUUUUCCUUUACUAAGCUAUUUAAUAUAUUUCUUUAAUUUUGAAACUUUGUGCAAAAGACUUCAUAUUGGUAAGACUGCCACUGAAUAUAUAAAACCUGUUACAGUCUAUAUUUUGAAAGUAGUAUUUUUUGUGAAAGUGGCCUAUAAAACCUUUUUUUUUUCAACCAACCCAAACCAAAUGUGUAUGUAUUUGUAUGUUUUAAUAUAAGUAUGUUAAAAACAGGACUUUGGAGAAAAGUAUUAAGUUUUCACUCUAAUGAUAAAACAACCUAUAACAAAAGCCUGUUACAUUGUUAAGUAUUCAUUUGAAAAACAUAAAAAACUAUUUUGGUCCCAAUAAUACUCUGAUUUUAUGAAUGGUUCACAUUGGAAAAUUGGUUAUUUGU